CCUCUAUUGUCACUGCAACGUCGCACAUAGCAGAGGAAAUUAGAAAAUGGGAUACAGAAAAACUUAUCGGAGAAAAGGGAAUUCCAGAUGGCUUAGCAUUUGCAAUCGUAAACUUCAUCAAUGAACUUACAAGUGAAAAGAAAGCAAGGGGAAAUGAUUAUCCAUUAGAUGCUGCUAGUUAUUUAACCGGAUUAACGUUAAUAGUGUCGGGAGUUGUAAGCUUAUUUAGAGGAAAUAAGUACAAGUGGUUAUCGAUAUUUAUAGCCGCAUUCUACGGAAUAUGUAUGGUCUUAUUAUUAUUUAUUUUAAAAUAUCAAAAUGUGACGAAUCCAUCAUCAACAUUAAGAUUUGUUUAUUUUGUUAUAUGUACCGGAGCUGGUGCAGCCGCGGGAAUUUUCUUUGUAUGUUUAUGGCCAACAGGUAGAAUAUUAGUAGGAGCACUUGGCGGUUUUUCGCUGGCGAUGAUCUGCUUAUCAACUAGAACCAAUGGUUUAAUAUCAAAUCAAUUAAUUAGAUAUAUAUGGAUAGGAAUAUGUACAGUAUUUAAUGCGACGCUAGCGGGUAUACAACGAUUUUAUCAAUAUGUCGCGAUUAUAUCGACAGUUAUGUCAGGAUGUUAUUUGCUUAUGCUGGGAACAGAUGUAUUUGUACGGGGAGGAAUGUUAGCAUCGUUUAAAACCUUUUGGGGUUAUAAUCAACCUGAAGAUUAUUUAUAUAUUGUUGAUACGAAUGUUAUUAUUAUUUUGAGUACGAUUGGAUUUGUUGGUGGUUUAUUCGGUAUUGGAGCUCAAUUAUUAGAAUUUUGGAUAGAUCAAAGACGUGACGUUCUUAUUAUCGAUGAUGAUCAAAUGACUAUGACUUCAAAUGAUGAGAAAUCCAACUUAAUUGGUUCUUUUACAAAAAGAUUGAAAAAUACAUUUAAAAAGGGUAUAUAG